AACCUGACCACUGUCUCCAAGUACAUGGAUCGUUCCAUUGUAUAUCACCCAUUGAUUUGUUGACAAUCGUUCCUUGCAGACACCACAUUCCUGCUGUAGUGUUAUAUUUUUGACAUGUCAACAUGAAAUUGUUUACUCUCAUCAUCGCACUCUUCUAUAUUGUAUCUAGCGCUUGCGCGAGCCCGGAGUCUAGCAAGUUCGAAAGAUAUCAGUCUCUCUCUCGCUCCAUUCCCAUUGAUUUGGAUGACUCGUCGUAUGAAGACUUGACAUCGAAACCCCGAGAUUAUCAUGUUGCGGUACUUUUAACGGCUGGUGAAGCUCGCUAUGGGUGCAUCUUAUGUCGCGAGUUCCAGCCGGAAUGGGAGCUCAUCUCGCGAAGUUGGAACAAGGGUCCCAAACCCGAUGGCCUCAAAAUGCUUUUUACCACCCUUGACUUCAGUAAUGGCAAAGCAACUUUCCAAAAGCUGAUGCUCCAAACUGCACCAGUUCUUCUUUUGUUUCCUCCAACUGUUGGACCCUUCGCUAAAGUUGAUGAUGCUCCCGUUAGAUUCGACUUCAGUGGUCCAAUCUCUGCUGACCAACUUUACGUGUGGAUCAAUCGUCAUCUUCCAGAGGGACCGAAGCCACCCCUUGUUCGCCCCAUUAACUACAUACGACUCAUUUCUGCAGUGACAAUCUUAAUGGGUGUUUUAACCUUGUUCACUGUUCUGUCACCAUAUGUUUUGCCAAUUAUACAGAAUCGAAACUUAUGGGCCGCAUUCAGCUUGAUUUCCAUACUAUUAUUCACAAGCGGCCACAUGUUCAACCAUAUCCGCAAAGUGCCAUAUGUUGUUGGUGACGGCAAAGGUGGCAUUAGCUACUUUGCGGGUGGAUUCUCAAAUCAGUUUGGAAUGGAGACACAAAUUAUUGCUGCCAUCUAUGCCAUCCUUUCCUUUGCGACAAUAGCUCUCGCGAUGAAAGUUCCCCGUAUCGCGGAUACUAAAGCGCAGCAAGUGGCUGUGCUAAUCUGGGGAACUGUAUUAUUUGGUAUGUACAGCUUUCUUCUGAGUGUCUUCAGGGCAAAAAAUGGCGGGUACCCUUUCUUCCUGCCUCCGUUCUAGUUCAAGCCACAGUCGCAACGCUAGUCGUCUCUUCCACCAUAGUUUAUCCAAUGAUUGCAUUGAAAGAAAGAGAUUGUGGCCUCGGCGAUUACUUGAGCCAACAAUACCUGAUUACGACCUCUGGAGCUAGGAAUUGAAUUAUAAGAAAAACUACGUUUCGGCUUUCUCGAUGGCAACGAAGUGUAAUAGUGUUACAUCCUGGCUAUGUACCCCUGAACGCACAUGUGCAUAAUUAUAGCUAGCUGGAAUAAGGUUAGCUGGU